AUGUCUCUUCUUACAGAUAUCAUCCAAAUCAGUCGAGAAUUCACGAGACUCAGCCUGUUGCUAUACCAGAGCGUGUACUACCUCUGGUUGUCAACUCUGUGCAUGUUGACCUUCGGUGCUUACACUGUUUACCACACCGCCAAAUUCGUCGCAGUGGCAAGCAUGGCCAUCGCCAACUACUUGGACUCCUUUAUGGAACCGCCUGCCCAUAAACCUACAAGCUAUCUAAGAGAAAAACACGACGGUAAGAAAGGGAAGCAUUCUAAACGAGAUACCAGAUUUUUAGAAUCCGGCGUUUCUUCAAAUACUCAGAAAGCGGGACCCAAGCUCCUCGUCACUCAGGGUGCUCGAUUCUUCAAUCUAUACACCAAGCCUGUUCCCAGUAACAAGGAAACAUUUAAUCUCGACGAUAUCUUUUUCGUGAACAGUAUAUAUCCUGCAAUCAAGUAUGGUAAAGGAUGGGAAGACUUUGGCGAUUUUUAUUCGACGAAUACACCCAACUCAACUGUGAUCUUUCCUUUCAAUGGUGUUUCGGUUAGCUGGUACGCAUUUACGCCACAAGCUCCCUACAUUCCAUCCAUUGGGAGUUAUUCCAUUGAUGGAAACGAUCCCAUCGACUUCUAUGUGACUGGCGCUUCGAAGGAUUCAAACGUGCAAGAUCCUUUCAGCAGGAAAUUGUUUGAGACGCCUCAGUCUGAACCUGGGCGGCAUGAGCUCGUUGUCACUUAUCUAGGCAAUUCAUCAACAACUCCGCUCACAUUGGAUAGGCUCGUUGUGCAAAAUGCUACCGGCAUCAAUGAAACUUACCUUCCACUGUAUGGAAAUCCAAAGGAGUGGACGGUAUUGAACCACUCUAGGGUUGGGUUAAUUUGGGGCGGAGUUGUCAUAGGAUGGUUCAUUCUGAUCGGCGUUGCUUUCACUCUGUUCCACAUUUUCUACCGCCGGAAACAAAAAUCAAAGAAGAAGCAACUUUACGAGAUCAGUGCCGACUAG